GGCAUGCGCCUGUCGGUGCGGAGGCUGCUGCUGGCAGCCGGCUGCACCCUGGCCCUGGUGCUGGCGGUGCAGCUGGGCCAGCAGGUGCUGGAGUGUCGGGAAGUGCUGGCUGGCCCGAGGGGCCCCCGCCGGACCAUGAGGCCAGAGCAGGAGGAGCUGGUGAUGGUGGGCACCAACCACGUGGAGUACCGCUACAGCAAAGCCACGCCGCUCAUCUUCGUGGGCGGCGUGCCCCGCAGUGGCACCACCCUGAUGCGCGCCAUGCUGGAUGCCCACCCUGAGGUGCGCUGUGGCGAGGAGACCCGCAUCAUCCCCCGAGUGCUGGCCAUGCGCCAAGCCUGGUCCAAGUCAGGCCGAGAGAAACUGCGGCUGGAUGAGGCGGGCGUGACGGACGAGGUGCUAGACGCCGCCAUGCAGGCCUUCAUCCUGGAGGUGAUCGCCAAGCAUGGUGAGCCCGCCCGUGUGCUGUGCAACAAAGACCCCUUCACCCUGAAGUCCUCUGUCUACCUGUCGCGCCUCUUCCCCAACUCCAAGUUCCUGCUAAUGGUGCGUGAUGGCCGGGCCUCCGUGCACUCCAUGAUCUCACGCAAGGUCACCAUCGCCGGCUUCGACCUCAGCAGCUACCGGGACUGCUUGACCAAGUGGAACAAGGCCAUCGAGAUCAUGUACGCCCAGUGCUUGGAAGUGGGCAGGGACAAGUGCUUGCCCGUGUACUACGAGCAGCUGGUGCUGCACCCCCGCCGCUCCCUCAAGCUCAUCCUCAACUUCUUGGGCAUCGCCUGGAGCGACACGGUCCUGCACCACGAGGACCUCAUUGGCAAGCCGGGCGGCAUCUCCCUGUCCAAGAUCGAGCGGUCCACAGACCAAGUCAUCAAGCCAGUGAAUCUGGAAGCCCUCUCCAAGUGGACUGGCCACAUCCCAGGGGACGUGGUGAAAGACAUGGCCCAGAUCGCCCCUAUGCUGGCCCGGCUUGGCUAUGACCCCUAUGCAAACCCGCCCAACUACGGCCACCCUGACCCCAUCGUUGUCAACAACACGUAUCGGGACACAGGACUGUCACCAGGGCUCCCCAGGAAGCCCUUUGAAGAAAAUGGAAAGUCUUAUGGGGAAAAAGACCAGGCACCGUCACGAAAUCACCACACUUGAUCUGCUCACUGUCCUGAAAUUUCACUGGGAAGCCUGACCCUGUCCACCAGGCAGCCCUGGCUUUGCCCAUUUGAGACACCUGUCUGUCCCCUGAACUCAAAGAACAUCGAAAAGAAGCGUGCUUCGAGUCGCUUGAAGAUGGCCACACCAUUCUGUGCUGUGGCCUCCGUGAGAAAGCGUGACCUCCUUAAGGACGCCUGCUGUGGUCAGGGGCCAGGGUGGCUUGUGACCCACCACGACCCUCGACACACCAGAACAAAGCAACGCUCGACCUUGCACCAG